ACCACGUGAUCCCACGCUCCUGUGACUGCCUCUCGCGCCUGCCAGUCAAAUACGCUCCAGCCAAUCAGGAGCUCUGCCCUCUGGCUUUACGUCACAGGCGCUCACCGGCAGCUAACGCUAGGAUCCAAGAUGUCCGCGAUGUUCCCCAUGUGUGUGAGAGCUAGCCGGAGCCUUCUGCGGUUCCAGAGCGGGACGUCAGCUGCUUCCAGCCCGCAGCAGGUGCUGGAUAUCAUCCGGACUCUGACCACGGAGAAGAACCCGUCCGGUACCGGCGGUGCGACGGGAGGGUUAGCCCAGGCUAUCCUCCAGGAGAGGCUUCAGCAGAGUCAGGGUCAGCCGCCCCCAGAGGGCGAUCCGGGCCAGAAGGACGGAGAGCAGACGGAGGACAGGAAGCAGAAGGAGAACUCGGCCUACGCCAAGAAGAUGGUGCUGCGGCUGGCGGGGCUGAUGGGAGUGGGCGGGGCCGUCAGCCUCGUCUACAUCUUUGGGACAAAUUCAGAGGACGAGCAGGGAAACAGGAUUCCUGAUGAGUUCGAUAAAGAUCCGCCCGUCGUCCAGCAGCUCAGGAGAACCUACAAGUACUUCAAGGACUACAGACAGAUGAUCAUCGAACCGACGAGUCCGAAGCUGCUUCCCGACCCGCUGAAGGAACCGUACUACCAGCCGCCGUACACGCUGGUUCUGGAGCUGACCGACGUCCUGCUGCACCCGGAGUGGUCGCUGUCCACCGGGUGGCGCUUCAAGAAGCGGCCCGGCAUCGACUUCCUGUUCCAGCAGCUGGCGCCGCUCUACGAGAUCGUCAUCUUCACGGCCGAGACGGGCAUGACGGCGUACCCUCUGAUCGACAGCAUCGACCCGCAGGGCUUCGUCAUGUACCGCCUCUUCAGGGACGCCACGCGCUACAUGGAGGGCCACCAUGUCAAGGACGUGUCGUGCCUGAACCGGGCCAGCAGUAAGGUGAUCGUGGUGGACUGUAAGCGCGAGGCGUUCCAGCUGCAGCCCUUCAACGGCCUGGCGCUCAGGAAGUGGGACGGAAACUCAGACGACCGGACCCUCUACGACCUCGCCAACUUCCUGAAGGCCAUCGCUCUGAGCGGCGUGGACGACGUGCGCGGCGUUCUGGAGAACUACGCCCUGGAGGACGACCCCAUCGAGGCCUUCAAGCGCCGCCAGGCCCAGCUGGCCCAGGAGGAGCAGCAGCGCCUGGCGGACCUGUCCCAGCAGAAGAAGCCGGCUCUCUCUCUGGGCUCCAUCACGACCCGGUUCUGGCGGUCCAAGCAGCAGUGAGGCCCGCAGGCCCCUCCCACCCACACAGCUCCACCAAUCACAGCCCGAGGAGGUGAGGGGCGGGGCCCGGGGGGCGGGCUCUGGAGGCCCCGGCCCCCUUCCUCUCUGUGUGUCCUGAUUGGACCCAGAUGAGUUUGGACCUGCUGGAGGUCGGCGGCUGAUCCAGAACCAGAACCAGCUCUGGUUCCCUCCUCCGCCUUGGACCGGACCUGGUAUCGGUUCCCCCCGUCCUGCAGGGGGCGCAGUGACUCUGACAGUACAGAAUAAAUCACUGAUGUUUAGAUGUGAGCAGCGGUUCUGGUGGACGUUGGACCGGACCGGACCGGAACCGCUGGAGGAGCUUUCUGUCGGCCUCAUGAAGCCCUGAACAAACAUGUGGUGUGAUUUUCACCAGCAGGUGGAGCAGCUGAGCCUGGCAGGCCCGGUUCUGGGUUGGAACCGGACCUUCAAAACAUCAGACCAAUAAAAUGUUUGAUAAACUUCUUCCUUCCACUCAACUUUCUCUGCCUGGACGCAGCUGUGAGCAGC